CAGCGGCUGCCUGGCGACCCGGAAGUGUUCCCAUUUUGCGUCGUCGGGGCUCGGCGGCGGCCGGGCUCGGGCAGACGUGACUCCAUGGGGUCGUCCAAGAAGCACCGCGGGGAGAAGGAAGCGGCCGGGACGACGGCGGCGACCGGCACCGGGGGCGCCACCGAGCCGCCGCCGCGUCACCGGGAACACAAGAAACACAAGCACCGCAGCGGCGGCGGCAGCGGCAGCGGUAGCGGCAGCGGCGAGCGACGGAAGCGGAGCCGGGAGCGCGGGAGCGGGCGGCGCGGGAGCGAGGCGGAGGCCCGCGGGGGCGCGCACGGGCGGGAGCGCAGCCAGGCCGAGGCCUCGGAGCGGCGGGUGAAGCGGGAGAAGCGCGAUGACGGCUACGAGGCCGCCGCGGGCUCUAAAGCCAGCUCCGGAGGAGGAGGAGGAGGAGGAGGAGCAGCAGCAGACGCCUCGUCGCUCAGCAUCGAGGAGACCAAUAAGCUCCGGGCGAAGUUGGGGCUGAAGCCCUUGGAGGUCAAUGCCGUGAAGAAGGAGGCGGGCACCAAGGAGGAGCCCGUGGCCGCCGAGGUCAUCAACCCCAUGGCCCUGCGCCAGCGGGAGGAGCUGCGGGAGAAGCUGGCGGCCGCCAAGGAGAAGCGUCUGCUGAACCAGAAGCUUGGGAAGGUCAAGACGCUGGGGGAAGAUGACCCCUGGCUGGAUGACACGGCGGCCUGGAUCGAGCGCAGCCGGCAGCUGCAGAAGGAGAAGGACUUGGCAGAGAAGAGGGCCAAGCUGCUGGAAGAGAUGGACCAAGAGUUCGGGAUCAGCUCCCUGGUGGAGGAGGAGUUCGGGCAGAGGCGGCAGAACCUGUACAGUGCCCGGGAUCUGCAGGGCCUCACCGUGGAGCACGCCGUCGAGUCCUUCCGGGAGGGGGAGACCGUGAUCCUCACCCUCAAGGACAAAGGCGUGCUGCAGGAGGAGGAGGACGUCCUGGUGAACGUGAACAUGGUGGACAAGGAGCGGGCGGAGAAGAACGUAGAGCUGCGCAAGAAGAAGCCCGACUACCUGCCCUACGCGGAGGACGAGAGCGUGGACGACCUGGCGCGGCCGAGGCCCCGCUCCGUGCUGGCCAAGUACGACGACGAGCUGCAGGGCGAGCGGCCGCGCUCCUUCCGCCUGGACCAGGGCGGCGCGGCCGACGGGCUCCGGGAGCGCGAGCUGGAGGAGGUGCGCGCGCGGCUGCGGCUGCAGGCUCAGUCCCUGAGCAGCGGCGGGCCCCGGCUGGCCUCCGAGUACCUCACGCCCGAGGAGAUGGUGACCUUUAAGAAGACCAGGCGCAGGGUGAAGAAGAUCCGCAAGAAGGAGAAGGAGGCGGUGAUGCGGGCGGACGACCUGCUGCCCCUCGGCGACCAGACCCAGGACGGGGACUUCGGCUCCAGGCUGCGGGGCCGAGGCCGCCGAGUGCCCGAGGGCGACGAGCCCCCGGAGGAGGAGGAGCCGGAGCCGGCCCCGCAGCCCGCGCGCUCCCCGCAGCCGCAGUCGGACGACACCCGCGUGGAGAACAUGGACAUCAGCGACGACGGCGACGACGAGGACGCCCUGCCGGCCGGGUCCCCCGGGGCGCUGGAAGAGGACGAGGCCGAGCUGGAGCUGCAGAAGCAGCUGGAGAAGGGGCGGCGACUGCGGCAGCUCCAGCAGCUGCGGGACAGCGGGGAGAAGGUCGUGGAGAUCGUGAAGAAGCUGCAGUUGCGCAGGCGCGGCGGGGAAGAGGACGAGGACCCCGAGCGCAAGGGCGCCAUCGUGUUCAACGCCACCUCCGAGUUCUGCCGCACGCUGGGCGAGAUCCCCACCUACGGGCUGGCCGGCAACCGCGAGGAGCAGGAGGAGCUCAUGGACUUCGAGCGGGACGAGGAGCGCUCGGCCAACGGUGGCUCCGAGUCGGACGGGGACGAGAACAUCGGCUGGAGCACCGUGAACCUGGACGAGGAGAAGCAGCACCAGGACUUUUCCGCCUCCUCCACCACCAUCCUGGACGAGGAGCCCAUCGUGAACAGAGGGCUGGCGGCCGCCCUGCUCCUCUGCCAGAACAAAGGGCUGCUGGAGACGACGGUGCAGAAGGUGGCCCGGGUGAAGGCGCCCAACAAGUCCCUGCCAUCGGCCGUGUACUGCAUCGAGGACAAGAUGGCCAUUGAUGACAAGUACAGCCGGCGGGAGGAGUACCGCGGCUUCACGCAGGACUUCAAGGAGAAGGACGGCUACAAGCCGGACGUGAAGAUCGAGUACGUGGACGAGACGGGCCGGAAGCUCACGCCCAAGGAGGCCUUCCGGCAGCUGUCCCAUCGCUUCCACGGCAAGGGCUCGGGCAAGAUGAAGACGGAGCGGCGCAUGAAGAAGUUGGACGAGGAGGCGCUCCUGAAGAAGAUGAGCUCCAGCGACACGCCCCUGGGCACCGUGGCUCUGCUGCAGGAGAAGCAGAAGGCCCAGAAGACACCCUACAUCGUGUUGAGCGGUAGCGGCAAGAGCAUGAACGCGAACACCAUCACCAAGUGAAGCCAUCCACCCCGCCAGUUCCCUCCAGGAUUUCAAUUUGAAUACAAAAUAAAGCCCCUCCUUAUUUUU